GGGUUGAUGACAGCAGCAUUGUUUUGGAAAUAGGAAGGACAGCGAUGGAUAGCUUUUAAUCCCCUUUAUGAUGCUCAGAAUAUAUAAGAACAGAUGUGUUAAGAAUGAGCAGAGUCUUGAGCCGCUUUAACACACAUACAACACAUACACAGAGACACAGUCUCUUACAGAUCAUCAUAUCCAGUAAGUGCACAGGAUUUAUAACUGGGUCCCAUCACCUCAUAAAUAUGGAUGUCCUCAAACCCAAAGCAACCGGCAAGGUUGCCACACGGGCAACAGGGUCUGCCAGUCCCCGCAAGGGUCCGCCCAAGUUUAAACAGAGGUCAACCCGUCAGUUCAAGAGCAAACCCCCAAAGAAGGGUGUUAUUGGAUUUGGUGAAGACAUUCCUGGAAUGGAGGGUUUAGGAACUGAUUUUAAUGUGAUCUGCCCUUGGGAGGCUUACAGUCACCUGGAGUUACAUGAGCUGGCUCAGUAUGGCAUCAUAUGAGGUCACUUCCUGUUCCAGUGCCCCUCCCCCAACACAAAUCAUUUUGAUAUUCAUGUACAGCAAAACUUUUAUCACUAUUAGAACAGCACUGAUACAUUUGCAUAUAAUGAACUGAAUGUUAUGUACAACACACAUGGACCGUUUCACUAUUUAACUUAUUUUAUGUUUUAUUCAUAUUUUUUUUUACUCUGUAUCUUAAUACCAUUUUCAUAUUGGCAUGUAACAGGCAUUUUAGGUGGCAGGUGUCGCUUUUGACUCUAAAGUAAUGAAUGCACAAAAUGUAGUAACUGUAGUAUUAUUUUUUUACUCUGGAUGUUUAUGAUGCUGCAUACAAUUAUAUUAUCUGAGACACAUUUUAUUUGCGAAUACUAUUUAAGAUGGAUAAAAUGCAAAUCUUCAUUUUGUUUAGCUGCCAAGUUGUGUCUUGUACAAAUGUAUUGAGUGUGUGUGUGUGUGUGUGUGUGUGUGUGUGUGUGUGUGUGUGUGUGUGUGUGUGUGUGUGUGUGUGUGUGUGUGUGUGUGCGUGCGUGCGUGCGUGCGUGCGUGCGUGUGCUGCUCUCUGUGAGAGUUUGGCCCAGUUUAUUGGCCUUCUAAUGCUGAAAAAUCAUCUUAUAAUCAGUUUGUACACAAUUCCCGAUGCCCAGCAGAAAAAUAAAGCUUGGUCAUUUACAU